AUGGAGACUGGCCAGGCACUGGGGUUCUUCGAUACAUCGAAGUUCGGAAACGCGGACUGCAUCUUGGGCCCUACGGCCAUUUAUGACUUCGCACUGUGCGGGGAGGUGCAGUCUCACCCCACGGCCUCAGGCUUUGAGCUUCGAGUCGAGAGCAGCCAAAUCAGCUGCCUCCAGGGUGGGAAACCGCAGGUUUGGCAGUCCUUCCGGGCAAAGUCCCGCGCAACGGCCUACACCGCGAGACCUGGCUUUGCAUCUUCGGGCUGCAUAGCCGAGCGGGCGAAGGAAGUCCUAGACGUUCAUUUGGGAUCAGCUGUCGUUUCCAACACAAACAGCUGGCUGGCGACAGCGGUUUGGCGGAGCAGACAUGAGUUGCAGAUCACCGUUUGGGACAGCGCUACAGGCAAAGCACGUGGCAGAUUUACAUGUGAUGGCUGGUACCAACAUAGCUGUUCAGGGGGAGCAUUCUCGAUGUUUGCCUGCGGACGCUUCCUCAUUGCCUGCGGCACAAAGGCGGGAUACGGUGGACAUGAGUACGCAGCCGUCAAUGUGUACGAGAUCACGGAGACUGCUGUGACACAGCGGCGGGAUGAUCCUUUCUGCCAUGGCAACGAGUUCGUCGGCUUUAGCUUCCUGUCUCCCCAUCUAACGGGCAUCACAGUAACAUUGAACAGGUAUCGGUCUCGCAUCGUGACCUCCAGCUUCGGAGCGGCAGGGUUGACAGAAUUGGAGGAUGUCUUCAAGCCCACGGCUUCCGCUUCCUGGGAUUUGUCCGGCAUGCUUGGCGCCAGCUUGGAAGGAGAGUCUCUGAUUUCUUGGAGGAUGCACGACGAUCAUCAUCCUCGGGACGAAUGGUCCAUUGUGGAGGCUUGGCACAUGGCAGGUGCGGAUCACGCGCCUCGGGCUCAAUCCAGGGCUUGGAGAGCUACACUGCGCGAGGAGCUGCUCUUCGUGGCCACCAGGCCGAAGAGCUGCCGAGCCCUUGAAGCUCUGCUGCCGAGCACGAGCCAGCACCUGGAACACUGGCGGCAGAAGUGGCAGAUUGACGGAGGCCGACUUUUGGUACCGCCGCAGACAUGA